AUCAUUUAGCUUUUGAAAUUAAAACGUUGCACCGAGAGACAAACUAACAAUCAAACAAACUCUUGAGCUAAAUAAUAUUAGUAUAGAGGUAGAUUACAACAAAUUUAACUGCAGUAGAGUUAUUAUUUUAUGUUAUUGACAUUGUACAAACGAGCGGGGCAAGUGGAAGAGUAGUCGCCACAAACAACAGUAUACCUACUUAUAAUAAUCUGAACUAUAACCGAUACAUUGCACUAUUUAAAGUAACUAGUACUACGACAAGUCUACAUAAUUAUUUACAUCUCAAGUACUCUACAUCAAGAUGGGGCGUAAAGUAAGGUUGACUGCGUUUGCUGUAGUACUUUUGACGCAGAUGUUUUAUUUCUGCGAAUGCUAUUUAAGGGAAGGUGACCAGGGUGUUUGCUUGGAACACUUGAGAACCUACGAUUGGUCCAAUCCUUCCUAUUCUUCGAUCACAGUCGAAAAGGAUGAAAGAGGAUCCCACUACACUACUCUAACAUGCUGCAGGAACUAUGAGUACGAUGCAGAUGCUGAUCGAUGUCUUCCAAUAUGCAGUACUCCUUGCAUAAAUGGGACAUGUAUUGACGUGGACACCUGUAUUUGUGAUACCCCACUGGUCCUGGUAGGCAGUAGCUGUAUUAUGCCCACUUGCACGAACUGUGAGCACGGAGACUGUACCGCAACAAACGUUUGCGAAUGCCACCCAGGGUACAUAAGAUCUGAAGGUAUCUGCAAGAAAUUCUGCGACAAACCAUGCAUCAGUGGAGAGUGCGUAGGACACAAUGUAUGUAAAUGCCAUGAAGGUUUCAUGCUAGACCCCAUUGACCCCUUUAAAUGCAUCCCUUGUGAUAAUAACCAUGAAUUAAAAUGUACUGUGACCUGCCGUCAUGGUUACUGCUCACCACCUACUGCUUGUUCCUGUGUGCCUAGGAAGAAGAGCUCGAUAUUUAAUUUUUAAGUUUAAUACAGUUUAUUAACCGACUUCUUUUAUAAUUAUCUUGUAAUGAAACGGCUUUUAAAUUUAGUUGUUCUGUUUUUUUCAAUCAAAGACAUCAAACUGUAUUUGCUUUCAUU